ACGAUCCGACUAUCCGAGAUAAACUCGGACAGUCGGACCUCAGUACGUGAUUAUAAUAAACUCGGAGCGGUCUUACAGAAUAAUACGGUCAGUAAAAUCGCUAAUAUAAUAAUAUUAUGUUCUCGAUUGUGGACACGAGACGAAAACGAUAACUCUUGUCAGAUAACGGCUCGGUGUCGGCGUGAUAAGAAAAUAAUCAACAACGAAUUACAUGUGUUUUAAAAAAUUAUAACUUAAACCGACAGUAAAAAACUAUUUGCUAUUAAGGCAGAGCAACAGAAUGAUUCACGACAAUAAUCGUUUGGUUUAUUAGACGAUUUGUUUGUACAAUUCGUCUUUGUAUUACGAUUUAGGGAUCGAGUGCUACACAAGACUCAUGGCCGAGCCUAAAGAAAACAAAGACCAAACCACCUCACAGUCUUCAGAAAACUAUGAAGGAUGGGGAUUUGAUUUAUUCCCCGAGAGGAGAGGUACAUACAAACCAAAUUUAAAAAAUAUUUUGCUUCAAGGACGUGGAAAUGAAAACUUGGAAAGAAUCAAAUGUGAAAGAAAAGUGGCUUCCUGUUUAAACAAAAGUCCUUUGGUAAAGAUCAUGAUGGGUGCAUUGCGUAGAUCUGGUUGCGAUGUCAACCCAUCCCGUCAUAUUGCUUGUGAACUUUGUGAUACAAGUGUCCACGGGGGAUAUGAUCCAGUUAUGAAUCAAAUUGUUAUAUGUCAAAACACUGCUGUAUCAAAAGGUACUAUACAGGGAGUGCUCACACACGAAUUCAUACACAUGUUCGACAAUUGUACACGUAAAGUAGACUUCCGGAAUAUUGAGCAUUUAGCUUGUACAGAAAUCAGAGCAGCAAAUUUGACACAUUGUGGUCUUGUAUCAUCUAUUCUUGAAGGGCAUUCGUCAAUAUUUAAUUUUAGAAAAAAACAUCAAGACUGUGUAAAACAUAAAGCCGUUAUUUCUGUAUUGGCUGUUAGAAAUGUCACUUACGAACAAGCAAAAGCAGCAGUCGAGAAAGUAUUUGAUCGUUGUUAUGCAGAUUUAGAACCUAUCGGAAGAAGAGUUAGAGGAAAAUCAGUUGAUUUUGAACUUGCAUACGCUGAAGCUUUCUUAAUGGGCUAUGAUUAAUAGUUAUUUAUUUGUGUUAUUGUGUAGAAUAAAAAAAAAAAAUAUUAGGUGUAUAAAAAGAUGUAUUUGAAAAUUAAAACAUAAAUAUUAUAGAA